CCGCUGACGUGCGAUUUAAAAUUUUAGCGAAAAAUAAACACAUCGUGGUCAUAAAUUUGCAUAACGAAUUGGUUUUUGAAGUGGAGUUAUAUGAUUGUGGACGGGCGCUAGAUGGCGCUUUGUAUUUUCGAAAGAGUGAUGUGGCUUCGCGAUCGACUUGUCAAAGUUUGACAAAAUGAAUAGGUUUAAGUUAUUAUAUUUUGUGAUAUUUAUAAUAAACUUAUGUAGAUUAAAUGCUCAAAUAUCCGAUAAGAGGUUAUGCGUGGAUGAAGAAUGUAAAGUCCCCAUAUCGCUUGCCAAAACUCUUCUGAGGUAUUCUAGUCCGGAUUCCAGGAUAUUGUCGUUUGGACCCAAUGUAGAUAUAACCAUUUAUAGUAAGUCAGCUGGGUCUCGAGAGGAUUUGUGGGGUGGCGAGAUCAACGGCAAACGGGGCUAUAUCCCCAAACAUAUGGUCAGAGAGGUCAAACUCCUGCAAAAACCCACGAUUUUAGUAGAUACCGAGUUCACUAAUGAUACGGACACAAAAGUGCCUUCACAAGUCGAGCCUGACAAGGUUCAGGAACCUUAUGAAGUUGUAGAUGGGACUACUAUUUAUUUGAAUCCGCAAGAGAUCAACCCAACGUCUACGGAAAGCCCGGUCCAAUCCACGGCCUUACCACCUGAGACAAAUAAAGUUGAAGCAGCAGAGGAGCAAACACAAGAGAACAAAAAUGAUCAAAACAAAGAUACCAAUAAAGAGGAAGAAGAAGAAGAGCUAAGUGUGGCUGAAGACACUGAAAUAAAUAUUGAUGAAGAAGAAGAGGAAGAUGAGGUGGAUGAAGAUGAAGAGGAAGAGGAUGUUGAUGAAGAGGGUGAAGAAGAGGAAGAUGUAGCAAGCGUUGAGGCAGAAAAUGCAGAGGAUAGUAGUAACAAUGUAGAGGAUUUAAGUGUGUCAAAAGAAACCCAAGAAGCUUCUGAUUCAACUGACGCAGAAGCAAAACCUGUAGAAACUAAUCCAGAAGCUGAGAUAAAAGAUGAUAAUAGUGAACAAAGUGAAGAAAUAAAGUCAGAAGCUUCAAACAAAGAAGGCGAAAGUGAAGAAGUUGUUACAAAUGAAGAAGUGCCAACCUCUGUAAAUAGUUCUGAAGUGCAAGAUGAACCAUCUGACAACAAAGAAGCUGAACCUUCUGAUGAACAACCAGAUGAAGGUGUUAGUGAAGCAACUGUUGCACCAGUUGAAGUCACUACUUUUAGUCCAGAAGUAGAAGUGCCUCAGCCUUUUGUGGACCAAUUCAUUGAGGUGACUCCAAACCCCCUAGAAGCAACUGAAGAACCCGCAGUCGUAACAGAAGCGGUUCCGACGCUUCCACCACUGGGACUGUUUGCGUCAUCAAGUAUCAAUCCCGACGGGUCUCAAGAAAAUACCCACAGUGAAGAAAGUGUGGUUGAGGAGCAACCACCAGAAGACAAUUCUACUGAAGUAGAACUAGAUGAUGUUAGUCAAUCUGAUCAAUCAAGUGAAAGCACACAAGCUCCAAUCAUAGAAGACACCACUAGCAAAGAAAGCGUUUUGUCUUCCAGUGAAAUUGGGAAUGAAGCAGACGAAGACGCUACAAAUUCCGGCUUUUUCGCUAGUGUGUCUUCUCUCUUUGGAACGUCUGAAGAUACACCCAAGCAAGAAUCUGAAGACACGCUUACCCCAGACUUUAUGGCGCCCCCAGAGAGUCAUAUCCCCGGCGACGAUCUUCUUUCUUCAGAUAGUAGAGAGUCAUUUUGUGAUGCGACGUCCUGUCUACACAGCGAAGAAAGCGAGGUUGCUGCAAUGGAUUUUUUCAGCUUCAAUUCGGACGUUUUCCUGUAUCUGGUAACGACUGCGAUAUCAGUUAUCAUUUUCCUUUUCGGCUACAUCGCGUUCGACAAGAAUAAAAGAGAGGGACCUUUAAUCGCAAAAAUUAACAAUUUAGAAAAACACAUGUUGGUGGUGUUGAAAGAGAACGAAAUUUUACAAGAAAAAGUAGCCUCUGAAAGCGGCUACGAAACCAACGAUCGCGUGUCAAACGAAGUCGUCGAAAAUUUAAAGCAAGAUUUAUUCGAAGUGACGAGUUUGAAGACCGCGCUGGAGGAACAAGUGCAAUCCCUUGAGAAAGAACUAGAGAAUUCGACCGAAGUCGGUAUGGAGUUGAACCGAAUGUUGUCCGAAAUCCUGAGUUCGGAAAGCGGAAGCGACGUCCUCAAAGCCAACGUUGAACAUUUACAGCGACAGCUGGUGGAACAGCAGUCCACGGUUAAUUCGGUGAACGAAACUUUGGCGGUCACGAACACGGAAAACCACGAACUUAGGUUAGAGUUGGAACUGAGCAACAAAAAGGUCCUUGACCUACAGGCCGAGCUAGACAAACUGGUGCUAAAUAUACUCAAGAUCGAGGAAGAAAAAGACUCGCAACAGUCGCUCCUAGAAAACGAAAUCGCGAAUCUGCGACAAAAGUACGAAGAAAUUAACGCUAAAUUGCGAUUCAAGGACGAAGAUCACAGCAGCGAAUUAAAACAACUGAACACUAAACUGGAGCAAAGCGAGCGCAAGUUGGAGUUGAAAAUAAAAGAGCAGGCGCAACUCACCGAUACUUUGAAACAACUGAAAACGAUUAAAAAGGACGAAAAAACGUUACAAAGUUUGCUGGAAGUAGGCGCGAUUAAAGCGGAGUUGCAGUUGUUGAAGGGCGAGAAUGAGCGAUUCGCGGAAAAAAUACACCAGGACGAAGCAGUGAAGGUCAAUUAUGAGAAACGUGAAAAAGCGACGGUCGAAGAAAUUCGACUAUUGAAAGAAAAGUACGACGAAGCAGACAAAUUGAGAGUCGAAACUCAAACCAAACUCGAAGUUUUGUCAAACUACUUCAAAGACAGAGAAGCCCAAUGGCAAAAAGAGAUAAGCAAACAUGAAGCACUGUGGGCGGAAAAAGAAGGCGAAGCCACGUCGACGACCGAACGAAUCAAAUUCAUGCAGGAGCAGCUCCAGAAUUACAAAGCCCAAACCGAGUCCUUGAAGCAAGAAAUCAUGUCGCAAGAAAUCGAACUCAAGAGUCAGAUCUCGGUUUUGGAGAAGAAGGCGCACGAGAAUUGGGUGAGCGCGCGACAGGCGGAGAGGAAGCUGGAGGAAGCGAAACAGGAGGCGGCGCAGCUGCGACAUCGUUUGACCCUACGCGAAAGAGCUAUCCAAGAAGACAAAAACCAACACAGGUUGCAAUCUCCAAUUGAGCAGAACGGCGACAUGCCGGUGUCACCGAUGGAGUCCCCGGCGUCCCCUCCCUUGCUCUACGGGACUCGAGAUCACAUCACUAAGUCUCCACCACUCCCAGGUCUUCCACCUUUCUUGCCUCCUCCUCCGGGAGUUCCGUUUAUGCCUCCGCCUAUGCAUGGCGUGCCUCCUUUCAUCCCCCCUCCACCUCCGAACAUGUUUCCAGGUGAUCAUAGGCCGCCCCCGUUGGGAAGAAUGUCUUCGCCGCCUUUAAAUUCGAGGUAUUCUCCAAGUUCGAGGGGCUACUCUCCCUACGAUAGAAAUAGUUCUUCUCCCUCGGACUCGGAGUAUGGUACGUCGCCCCCGCACCGUCGCGCCUACAGUCCUUUCAACAGCAGGUCAGACGACAGGAGAGACUAUAAAAGACCGCCGCCAGGUAGAAGCAACGGCAGGAAUUUAAUGAAAGGUGGGGGUAGCUCCGGCUCGGGGCACUCGAACGAAUCCUUAGAAAAAAUUAGUAGACAACAGUCAAAAGUGUAGCGAUUUACCUGCUGUUUUUAUUACCAAUAAUUUAAUAAUUUGUGUUUGUAACAUAUUUGCAGCGGUCCAAAUUUCUGUUGCGUCGGGUAAGUCGACAGUGAGGUAUAAAAUCGACUCCAUGCUUUGUAAUGUCGUGUAUUCUUUGUGGUGUAUUUCAAAUGUUCUGUUUUAUCAUAUAUUUUUUUAAAAAAAGUUCGUUUUUAAUAUUAUGCACAUAUGUAAAAAGUUGUAAAGAUACUGUUGUAUAAUAAAAUGUUUAUCGAA